UAACAUUUUCGGUUUGAAAAAAAAAAGAAAAAGGAAAUUCCAGUUUUUCACUUACGGGAAAAGAGAAAGAGAAAUCCGUGCACUUCACGCGUCAUCCCCAAGGCGCCGUUACUCUCUUGCCUCCGCCUCCUCCUUCCUCCUUUCUCCGUCUCUUUUCUCAACCUUCGAUCUAAAAACUCUUAAACCCUUCGCCAAUUCUCCAAUUCACGACUUACACCACCCACCCAAAUUUCGUUCCCAAAUCCCAAGAAACCGUUACAAACCAGCACAUUCAUUUCUGAUCCGGUUCACCCGGGUUCGGUUCGGUGCACUGCCAUGGCUCCUGCGCUCUCCGAGCGAGUUGAGCUUGCAAGGUUCUGCGCCUCCAAGGAAUGGUCCAAGGCCAUUCGGAUACUUGACUCCCUUAUUUGUUGUUCCCCUACAAUUCAAGACAUAUGCAACCGAGCCUUUUGUUACAGCAAAUUGGAGCUGAAUAAGCACGCGAUUAAGGAUUGCGAUAAAGCUCUGCAGCUUGAUCCUACGCUUCUUCAGGCUUAUAUUCUCAAAGGUAGUGCAUUUUCUGCAUUGGGAAGGAAAAGAGAUGCUAUUUUGGUAUGGGAGCAAGGACAUGAACAUGCUUUGCAUCAGGCCACAGAUUUGAAACAGCUGCUAGAACUUGAAGAGCUCUUGAAAACGGCAAAACAAGGCAAUGAUGCAUCUUGUGAAACUAAUGAGUUGUCCAUGCCACAAUCAAUAUUGGAGUCUUCAAAUAAUGGGAACUCAGGGGCAGAUAUGAAUCAUGAUAGGUUGACUGCUCAGGCUGAAUCACCUGGAAAUGGCAGCAAUAAAUCUGAGAUAUGCCUAAAGUCUAAUGUGGACUUUGAGUCAAAAACCGACUUGCGUGAUGAAAAUGGAGAGCCAAAAAAAUUUGAUGGCCAAGUGAAUGAAAGCCCUGAUGUUAUUGAGAAUCUAAGUUACAAUUCUGAAUCAUGUAAUGACUCAAGUGACGCUUCAGAUUCCGGUGAUAAAGUGCCUAGGAAUAGUAGUGACUCAAUUAAUAUCUCUGAGAUUCUUAGGACUCCAGUUAGUAAGUUUGUUUUUCCCCAUGAGGGAAAAGAAGAAGCCAGGAAAUAUAAGAAAUUUUGUGUUGCUAAAGUUUCUAACAAAAAUUCCAUAAGCGUAGAUUUUCGACUCUCAAGGGGAAUACAAGCGGUCAAUGACGGAAACUAUGCUCAAGCCAUAUCAAUUUUUGACAAGAUACUGAAAGAAGAUACUGCAUAUCCUGAGGCAUUGAUAGGAAGGGGGACGGCAUAUGCUUUCAAGAAAGAGCUUAAUUCUGCUAUAGCUGAUUUUACAAAGGCCAUACAAUUUAAUCCAUCGGCUAGUGAAGCAUGGAAAAGGAGAGGUCAAGCCCGGGCAGCCUUGGGAGAGUUUGUUGAGGCUAUUGAAGAUUUGACUAAGGCACUAGAGUUUGAACCUGAGUCAGCUGAUAUUUUACACGAGAGAGGAAUUGUCAAUUUCAAAUUUAAAGAUUUUGAUGCAGCUGUUAGAGACCUGUCAUCUUGUGUGAAGCUUGAAAAGGAUAAUAAGUCUGCUUACUCAUAUUUGGGUUUAGCAUUAUCUUCUGUUGGUGAAUAUAACAAAGCUGAGGAAGCACAUCGAAAAUCACUUCAACUUGAUAGAAAUUUCCUUGAAGCAUGGGCACACCUGGCUCAGUUCUAUCAAGAUUUAGGAAAGCCAAUGAAAACUCAUGAAUGUCUAAAUGAGGUGCUGCAAAUUGAUGGGAGGUUUGUCAGAGCAUAUCAUAUGCGUGGCCUUCUGUUCCAUGCAAUGGGUGAGCACAGAAAGGCUAUCAAGGAUUUAACAACGGGACUGAGCAUCGACGGAACCAACAUUGAGUGUUUAUAUUUACGAGCUUCCUGCUACCAUGCUGUCGGACAAUACAAAGAGGCGGUCAAGGAUUAUGAUGCUGCACUGGAUUUGGAAUUAGAUUCAAUGGACAAGUUCAUCCUCCAGUGCCUUGCAUUCUAUCAGAAAGAGAUUGCUCUUUACACAGCCUCAAAGUUUAAUGGUGAUUUUUGCUGGUUUGAUGUUGAUGGGGAUAUUGAUGCACUUUUUAAGGAGCACUGGUGCAAGAGAUUGCAUCCAAAGAAUGUAUGUGAAAAGGUGUUCAGGCAACCCCCUUUGCGUGAGUCUUUAAGAAAGGGAAAAUUUAAACGGCAUGAUUUUACUCUUACAAAGCAGAAGGCUACUCUUAUACAGGCUGCGGACUCAACUGGCAAUAAAAUCCAAUAUGAUUGUCCCGGUUUUCUUCCUAAUAGGCGUCAGCAUCGUAUGGCAGGAUUUGCUGCCAUUGAAAUUGCACAAAAGGUCUCAAAGGCCUGGCGUUCCAUGCAUGUGGAAUGGAAAUCUUCUAAUAAAAACAACUCAAAAAACAGAGGAGGGGCUGGUUGUAGUACGAGCAGUGCCUUGGAAUCAUAUUCACACGGCACUAUAGAAGAAAGAUCAUCCAGUCGUACCAUGUCAUGGCAAGAUGUUUACUCACUGGCUGUUAGAUGGAGACAGAUUUCUGAGCCUUGUGACCCUGUUGUGUGGGUGAACAAGCUAAGUGAGGAGUUUAAUUCUGGGUUUGGCUCUCACACACCUUUGAUUCUUGGACAAGCCAAAGUUGUCCGUUACUUCCCUAAUUAUGAAAGGACAUUGGAUAUUGCAAAGACUGUCAUGAAAGAGAGAUCAUAUGUCUACAGCAAAAAAGACAAGAUCAUCCAUCUUGCCAAAGAUGGGAAACUGGAAGAGAUCAUGCAUGCAAAAUCAUGCUCUGAUCUCUACAGAAUUGUUGGUGAGGAUUUCUGGUUGUCUACUUGGUGCCAGAGUGCUGCAUUUGAAGAGAAGCAGCUUGAAGGGACAAGGAUAACCCUUGUAAAAAUGGGGGAACGUGGUUAUGACUUUGCAAUAAGAACACCUUGCACUCCUGCGAGAUGGGAAGAUUUUGAUGCAGAAAUGGCAAUGGCAUGGGAUAAUCUCUGCAAUGCUUACUGUGGUGAAAACUAUGGGUCUACUGAUUUCGACAUGCUUGAAAACAUCAGAGAUGCAAUUUUAAAGAUGACAUAUUUCUGGUAUAACUUUAUGCCACUGUCCAGAGGAUCAGCUGCAGUGGGGUUCAUAGGUAUGCUUGGUUUGUUCCUCGCUGCCAAUAUGGAGUUCACAGGAAGCAUCCCUCAGGGCUUACAAGUUGAUUGGGAGGCCAUUUUGAACUUAGAUCCAAACUCGUUUGUGGAUUCGGUUAAAUCAUGGCUAUACCCAUCUUUGGAGGUGACAACCUCGUGGAAAGACUACCCUGAUGUUUCAUCAACUUUUCCAUCAACAGGGUCCGUUGUUGCUGCUUUAAGCUUUUCUGAUGAUUGAGCUCCUUUAAGAAAUGCCCAAGUGAGUUAACUGCCUGUAUUAUUGUGAAAUAAAUAAUCCGUCACAUUAUAACUAUGUUAGCUGUUGUAUAAUAAUGUAACUUCAUGGCAUCGGAUUAUAAAGUUAGAAUUUUUAUUUUUCCGAUUUAUCAAUAAGUGAAGACUGGUCACAUCAUACCCGUGUUUAGCUGUUGUACAAUAAUGCAAUAGGAGUUAAUAUAUUCUUGCUUUCUGUUUGUAUUUUAUUUGUUAAAUUCCUGAAAGAGGGAAGUUCCUUCGUAA